GUGGCCGAGGCCCGGAAGCUGACGGAGGCGGCUGGGGUCCCAUCGGUCUGCUCGCCAUGGACGAAGCUGACCGGCAGGUUCUGCGGCGGUGCCGGGUGCAGCUGGUCCGCGAGCUGCAGGUGGCCAACCUUUGGGACGCUCUGCUGACCUGCGAGCUCUUCAAGCCCGACAUGAUCGAGGACAUCCAGAGGGCCGGCUCUGGGUCUCGGCGCGAUCAGGCCAGGCAGCUGGUCAUAGAUCUGGAGACUCGAGGGAGUCAGGCCCUUCCACUAUUCAUCUCCUGCUUGGAGGACACAGGCCAGCAGAGCCUGGCUUCACUGCUGAGAGCGAGUAGACAAGCAGCAAGGCAGAAUCCGGAAGCCAUCAGACCCCAGGACCUCAGGCCUGUGGUGGUCGGACCAGAGGAGCUAAGAGUAGUGAAGCAGGAUCCGUCGAAGCUGACCCCAGGCAGACUCACUCCAGUGGCGUUGGGGCCAGAGGAGCUCUAUCCACAGGUUCUCAGACCAGGGGUGCCCCGGCCAGUGGACAUUGGUGCUGGAGGAUUCAGUGAUAUCCGUGCUCACGGGCGACGGAGAGGAAAUGCUGAUUUGGCGUACGUCCUGAACGCGGACCCCUGUGGCCACUGCCUCAUUAUCAACAACGUGAACUUCUGCCUUAAGUCGGGGCUCAGCACCCGCAAGGGCUCCCACGUGGACUGCGAGAAGCUGCAGAGAUGCUUCCGCUUGCUGCACUUCGCGGUGGAGGUGGAGAGCGACCUGACUGCCAAGCAAAUGGUCCAGGCUCUGAUGGAGCUGGCGCAGCGGGACCACGGGGCCCUGGACUGCUGUGUGGUGGUCAUCCUCUCUCACGGCUGCCAGGCCAGCCACCUCCAGUUCCCGGGGGCUGUUUAUGGCACAGAUGGGAGUCCUGUGCCCGUGGAGAGAAUCGUGAACAUCUUCAACGGGACCGGCUGCCCCAGUCUGGGAGGGAAGCCCAAGCUGUUUUUCAUCCAGGCCUGCGGGGGAGGGCAGAAGGACCAUGGGUUUGAGGUGGUCUCCGCUUCCCGUGAGGACAGGGCCCCUGACGGUAACCCCGAGCCAGACGCCUUCCCGUUCCAGGACCACCCCGGCAGCUACGACCAGCCGGACGCCGUGUCUAGUUUGCCCACACCGAGUGACAUCUUCGUGUCUUACUCCACCUUCCCAGGUUUUGUCUCCUGGAGGGAUACCAAGAGCGGCUCCUGGUACAUCGAGACCCUGGUUGGUGUUUUGGAUCAGUGGGCUCACUCGGAAGACCUGCAGAGCCUCCUGCUCCGGGACACGUAAGAAAACAAGCAGGUUAACCCAGCCGAGCGGAGAGCUGCGCGUGGCCGGCUUUCUCCUCCAGGCUCUGCGCUGCUCGGUCAACCAGAGGCGGCCGGGGCGGAGCCGCGCUCGCCCGAGGAGUUCUGGUUAUCACAGCUUUCCACCGACCUGCGCGAGAACGCCUACAACUGAUAGCUUUUUGAUUCCAUGUCUUUCGCAAAGGGUUCGAGAGCCCUGAACUUGUUAACAGGCACCGCGGUUUGCGCAGCGCUGCUGUAGCCUGUUUUCCGAGGCGGUUUAGCCGCUUUCUCUGAAACGUGUUCACACGCCACCCAUGACCCGGAGAUGCUGCUGGAUGGCUGGAGCAGAUGCGCAACCCGUGUGCAAGAAGGCGUCCCGGAUGUCCCUGCGGCCGUGUGCGGGUGGGAACCAGGAAGCGGGGGGAAGCUUCGUUCGUUACAGUCACACUACGGGAUAUUACUUAGCUGUUCCAAAGGAUGCCAUAAAUAUACGUGCUCACAUGUAGAUGUGGUCUGGUGUUAAGUGAAAAAACCAAGUUGCAGAGCAGUAUGAAGACUAAAAUUCUAUUUUCGGUUAGAAGACAGUGUGUGUAGGUGGACAUAACCUAGUCCAGAAGACGGCUCUGUUAGCAAUGAUUAUCUCUGGGGCGGGGGAGGAAUUGGAGAUGAGAGACAAGGGGGACUAUUACUAUAUUUUUUCCUUCCUUUUUUUGGCGUAUUUUUUUACUUGAUAUACUCCUCUAUUCUUUUAAUGUUUUUGUAAAGAGUAUGUAUCACCUUCUAAAGUAAAAAUAAAAAAGUG